AUGACAAAUACAGCAUUUAGUGUGUUUGCGUCUAGUCAAUUUGUACCUACCAUGUCACUUGAUAAUGCUGUAUCACCGGAACCCAAUAUGACUUCAUUUGGUGCUGAUCCAGCUGAAUUCUUGGGUACCAUUUAUCAUCUUGAAGAUCCUUUAAUAUAUCAAGCCGGUGGGCUAUUUCGCCCAGUGACUAGUACAGCAACAAGUCAAAUUCAAAUUAAAAAUCCAGGUGCCACCAAAGAUGACAACAGUGGUAAUGAACGAUGGUCUUUGCUGAUUCGCUACCCUUAUGAGCUCACGGUCCGAGGCGUGCUCAAGUAUCAAACAUUACCGUUUAUGCCUUGGUUGAUGCAAUUGCAUUCAGCACGCGUAUGCAAAAUGUCUCGUAUUGAUCCAGCGACAGGCAAGAUUUCUGAUGAUGUGUCUAUGCCUGAAAAAUCCAUUUGUGAUGACCCUUCGCCUGUAGAAGGAUCAUGA